GCAGGCGCGCCGCAUGCGCCCUUGCAGCAGGAUCACUUCAUACUUGAAAGUUUUCAGUCGGCGCGCCACCACGGAGUCGCGCGGUGGUCGCGUGUCAGCCUCCCUUCUCCCACUUUCCCUCGAGUGCGAAAACAUCCGGGAAACAUUUGACAAGUGUUGAGAGACUAUGAACUAUUCAAUACACUUCGUGUUCCUCAUACUGUGCUCAAAAUGUAUUGCGGUGAACAUAAACCGAAUCGUGGUCCCGCCUCUAGUGGAGCUAGGCACGGAGUCAGUGAUCCUAGACUGCGACUACAACACAGGCAAGACCCCAGGCCCAGGUCUCGUCAUAAAGUGGUUCUUCAACGGGUCCACCGGCCUCGUCUACCAAUGGAUACCACCGCUACAACCUCAAGUUAUUGGACUUUUAAAAGGAAAAGUCGAUAUGAGCUUUAAAAUCUCGAAUGAAUCGUUACAGGCUUACAGAGCCAUUAAAAUAAUAAACCCGGGGACACACCUCAGCGGUAACUACACAUGUGUGGUGUCCACAUUCAUAGCAGAAGACAGUCAGACGAGAUCCAUGUUAGUGUACAGUCCGGGAAAGAGUUUCCAAUUUGACCAGGAGAAGAAAUACGUAUUCUUAGUUACUUUGAAAUGUGUAGCGGAGUAUUUAUAUCCUCGGCCCGUGAUGACUAUUUUAUCAAAGGGUAAACCACUGGAACGGGCGAUCACGGACAUGAGAAUGGACUCCUGGGGCAUGUACACCGUGGAGACCACGGCCCUGGUUCAUGAUGAUGACGUCACCAGCCCUUGGGAGGAGUUCGUCUGCGUAUUGAGCCUGCCUUUAGCUAAUUACACUAGUAAUAGAACUACUAUUUAUUAUCCAGGUCUUAUGCCGACGCAUAGCGCAAGCAUAGAAGUGAAGAAACCUAUGGAACAUCAAGCUAGCAAUAGUUCAACGCUCCGGCUCGGGUGCACUUUACUAGUCACUUUAUUAUUAAGUAUUAACUUUACUCUUUAAUGAACUAAGUAACGCUGUACAUAGUAAUUUGGUCUAGAAUAAAAUCUAUGAUUUUAAGAAAGACUUAGUCUUUUAGGUUAUUCAACUUUAUUUGCUCUUUCGUAAACUUUAGGAAAAUAUUAAAUUCUUUUGCGUCUACCCUAGUUUGUAACUUAAUACUUUUUUGUAUAAAGCUUUUUGUACUAAAUAUUGUUUAAAACGUUUACAAAAUCUGUGAUAAUUAUGUUUAAAUGUCGACAAAAAGUCAUGAUGUACCUAAUUGUAUGAGAUAUUUCAUUUUCAUUAUUAUACAUACGAUGUAAGUACAUAGGAUAAUAACGUUACUGUAUUACUUUUGACAGUAUUAUGAAGACAGAAACUCAACCGGUACUGAUUGUAGCUUUUUGAUAUUAUACAAACUGUAAAUAAAUUGCUUAAUGUACCUCCA